AUGUCCGAACUUGUAAAGCAGGAAGCCGUGCAGGCUGGUCAAGGGACCACACCUGUCUUUUUGGCCAUGAUGGUAAGCCACACAGCGCGCGCAUCAAGCCAUUUCUCCAUCAUUGCUAACACUUCACAGGAGGAUCUAGGCUGUGCCAGAGAUAAUCAGCUUCACCUUGAUGAUGGCCGCGGCGGUCGUCAACCUCAGUUCCACGGGUCAUUGCCGCUGUAUCAACAGCCACAACCGGUUGACGAAGAAACCCAUAGCCGUAUCAAAGCCUGGAAUGGUAAGUCCUUCCAAGAUACAUAUCCACACAGUAUAUACUAACAACAAUUAGAUCUAAAUUUGGGCCCAGUAGAUGCCAGAGAUGCCGGCAAAGACGAUAUCGCUGGGGGGCAGCUAUACCGCCAAAAGAAGGCGGCCAGACUGCAAGAGACUGCGGACCAAGGUUCAACUCCUCCAAGAGGUCAACCAUCACCACGUGGUGGACAUGGGGGCCGUGGUGGUCGAGGGUAUGUACUUGAAACACUUAUUUCAUUUCAUGGGGAUUGAUGCUUACAUUAAAAUCCAGUGCACGCGGUGGACUCGAUCUUCAAAAGUCGAAAUACAUCAAAGAUGCGUCUAAACGUGUCGACAAUCUCAAAGACACUCUGGGCCAACCCGCGAGUCCACGUGAUUCCCAUUCUGCAGAUCGUUCAAGACCAGCACAGACUGACAAUCGUGUUCGGGGGGUACGGGAGGUACCAAGACUACCACCACCGAAGCUAUGGACGACAGAGGAGAUCUUUGCGGCUCGCCCUCGCCCAAACACAAUUGACAAUCAGCCUUCAGUCGCAUUUCCUUCUUCCCGUCCUGCAGCUCCAGAGACUCCAGGGACUGGACCUUCAUCAGCCGUCGCCCAACAGGCUCCGUCAACUGCCCAGUAUGACACCGAGAAAUUGGCUUCACCGGUCGCGGAAAGUCAACCCGAGGAAUCAUCUCAACAAGUCAGUGUUCCAUCUCUGCUCACGUCCCCAAAGAAGCCUCCGGGAGGACUCGAAACUUCGAAAUAUGCCACGAAGGAAUACCUUGAAUGGUAUGCAAGUAAGAUGAAGGCGAAAUCUCUCGCAAUUCAAGCUCUUGAGGCUUCUCCUGGUGCUCCAGCUCUUGAGGCUCCCGAAACUGUAUUAUCUCCAGCGGCUAACACAGCUAAACCCAUCGCCAACUUGCCAAAGGUAGAUCAGAGUCGUCAGAGAGUCAUGGGGUGGAAGGAUUUAGAAUGGUGCUUUGACGAUGGUACUUUCCGACGAGGAAAGUUGAUUGUCUCGUCUAAAGACAGCAAUAGCCCUCGAGAAUACAAAGUUGAGGACGUUUCGCCCGAUAAUACGACUGUUACUGUCUUUGAUCAGGUCCUCCCCCACGACCUCGACAUCAAACGUAGGAAAUUAGUACUUGUCAGCAUUGGUCCUUUGGCGGGAGAACAUAAGUAUUUACGGCUAAAGCUGAGAACUGUGGAGCUCGCUAUCGCAUUGGAACAAAUCAUCCUGACCGAUAAGCAUCGACCGGCAACUUCUAUAUUGCAGACGACGGAAACCAGAAUUGAAUCAUGCGGCCAUUCGUCAACUGCUGAAAUCCCAACUGUGGAUAUCCCAACUGCGGAAACCCCAACUGCGGAAAUCCCAACUGAUGUUGCCGUGGGUGCCCUAUCAAAGGAUGCAGAAGAUUUCUUGGAGCAUUUCUCCCAAGCCGGAAUGGCGCAUAUCUUUGCGGGCGGUCUCGAAGCCUUAUACAAACAAAACGCGUUGCAGCAUUUGUUUGAUAACUUCAAUCAAUCAUUACUAAAUGUUCAGUCUCCUAAAGCAGCAAUUCUUGCAAAUGAAGAGCUUGUGGCAGGAGCACAGAAGAUGUUACAGGACUAUGUGCAAAGCGCCCCGACCUUCUUUCUGUAUGCACCGGAGGGUGUCACUGGGCCACCACUUGCUUUUGGUAAGCAAGUUCUCGAACAGAUGCUGAUUUCUCGUGAUGUGCUCAAGUCUCGCGAGGUGACCGCAGCUACUGCACGUACAUUGGCGACCACGACCCUGCCCAAAUUUGAGAAUACCACUGUUGAGGCUCCAAAACCUGCUACAAAGCCUGUUACAAAUGAGAAUGAGGCGAUUCAAGAGGGCGUAGCUAGACUGCCUUAUCUACAUGAGCUGCGUGCAAAGCCUGCAGGUCUAAUCAUCAAACUAGGUCUCGAUGCCAUUGCACCAAAGCCCCAUGAUUCGGCUAUGAAGUCUUCAAGUCCAAUGGUAAAGCCCGAUCCUGAUGCUAUUCCACCAAAGCCCGAUGAGUCGGCAAUCAAAUCUUCAGGUCGAAUAGUAAAACCAUAUCCUGAUAAGAUGGUUCCAAAUCAGUCUGGCAAUAAUACUGGGAUUGAAAAGUCCUCGAGUCAAGUUUCCAAGCCACAAGGACCCUUGAAGCCAACUGGAGGUCUCAGUACAUCAAAGUACGCUGGAGACCUCAAUACAUCAAAGUACGCUGGAGACCUCAAUACAUCAAAGUAUGCUGGAAAUCUCGGUACAUCAAAGGACGCUGGGAAUCUCAAUACAUCAAAGUACGCGGGAAACAGUAAUGUCUCUCCAUCCAACGGCAGCGGUCAACCAUCAGGUCUGAUUUCAACCACUUCGACUGCACCCGUCAAGCGUCGUCGCAAAAAGUUCCCAGAAAAGAAACACAAGGAUUGGGUUCAAGCAGAACGUCUUGGAGUGGGUUACCUCGUAAGCAGCAGCGAGGAUGAGUCUGAUGCCGAGAACAAUGACGAGGUUGAUCAAGUGGCUCCACCCAGUCCUGGAACUUUGCGCAAACUAUCCUGGGACCGAUCAUCAUUGCGUGUAUCACCACCCACUCCCGAGAGAGUGAUGCGUGGCAACUCUACCAUUACCCAACCGCAACCAAUGGGUCCAAGUUCGGUGAACACGAAUAUCAGAUCAGGGCCGACUCAAACUGAACUUGGAGGUUCAAUGGAUGCUGCACGAGAACUCCAGUACGAAUUUAACAAAAAGGGCAAGAAGUCUCCAUUCAAAACCAGAGACUUUCCUGCUCGGCGAUAA